AUGGAGAACAAUGCUCUUGUGGAGCGCACGUACCAAGCGCUCAUGGGAGUCGUGCAGACCACCGCUGUGAGCCGAAAAGUGCUGGCGAGACCUCCCUUCACGUUCCUGCACAAGCUGCUGGUUGAAACGCUGGCCGAGUACGACCUCUUCUCCGACCACCAGCUCCAGUUCUCCCUCAUGACCACCAAACAAACCAAGGCUGCCUUCUUGACGCGUGCGAUAGCGUUCGUGACUUUCGUGAUGAGCGCCCACUCCGAGCAUCCUCACAUUUCCUGUCUUCUACUGGUCAGCCCUGUUCAAGUGCUGGCUGGAGUGAGCGUCCCCGACACGCUUGAAUUCCUUCUGCAACUCUGUGAAGUUUGUCGAAUGCCCAAUCGAGACAUCAAAGACGCGGCGGCGCAGGAAGUUCGCGACAAGGGAGACGCGCACCUCUACUCCUCCGGCGUUGUAUUCCGAAAGGGGUUAGUUCGUAUUCAGAGCAUUAUCCGCAGUUUUCUCCGACGUCGGGUGCGAAAAGCGGCACCGCGACUCAGCGGCACUCCAUUGCCCGGACGGGAGCUGUCGAUGACGGAGGGGACUCGUUUCCUCAAGGAGCUAGCCGACGGUCGUGUCUACAACGGCAUCAUCCAGAGCGUGCAGAAGAACAUUUACGUUCUGGGCUACGAAGAAGACGCGGAAGCUCAAGACAAAGUCAACGAGAUCGAGAUGAAAAUCAUUUUGGAGGAGUCCCAGCGUCUUAGUGCGGCUCGUGAAGGUCUCCGUCUGACGCGGAAUGGCAGCAAUGAGCGAGCGGACGGUGAUAUAUCGCUCACUGAUCUCCCCGACUUAACGGAAGACGUACGUGCGCCUGGGUUCAUCAAGCGCGUGUCGUCCCGAGACUCUGGGGCGGUGCUACUGGGGUCCAAACCCAGCAAAAACAUGCUCAAACGCGCGCAGUCCCAACGACCAUCUAACUCGGAAAUCGAAUUAUUCAAACUCCCCUCGAACGAAGCCAUCUUGGCCAGGAAGUCUACCAGCAGGAACUUGGUAUCCCUGGUACAAAGCCACUCCAGUGAAGGGAUGGUCGAUACAGCGUUCGCUGGGCCGUAUCAAACGACGGACCAACGCACUCAAGAGAAGCAGGCCAUGAUUCGAGACAUCGUCAUGCGCAUCGACAGCUACAUGAAGCGCAAACGACUGCGCGUGAUCGAUCUCUUCCGCUUCUGUGACACAAACGGCAACGGCAGCAUUUCACCCGAGGAGAUGAUCGACACGCUAUCGCAGAUGGAAAUUCAGCUGACCCCCUCUCAAGCGCGAGACUUCCUCGAGCACAUCGACAAGGACGGCAACGGCUCGAUCGAUGUCGACGAGUUCGAAGAGCUCGUGCGCGCUGCACGUCGCAAUGAAGCUCAACGCGAACAGCUCAAGAAAGAGCUCAACGGACCUCGGAAGCAGUCCGAGACCAAAUCUUCAGUCAAGUACAACGCCGUCAUGAAAGCCAAGGCCAAGCAGACCAUCCUCGACGAAUUUAAAGCUGCACAGGAGGAGGAUGGCGAUGGGGUUAACGCCCACCAGUUGCGCGCGCUAAUCGGCCGAUUGGCACUCCCCGGAAUGAACGAGACGAUCGUAAGCUCGAUCGUGGAUCGCGCUGUUGAGAUCGCCACCGGGAGCUCGGACAUGCCCUCAACGCCUUCUCAGCUUUUGACACCUCCGAGCUCUCCAUUCGUGCAGAUGCGGAGCAGUAGCAGCAAGAGCUUGAUCUCGUACCAUCACCUCGCCAAGGCCCUGGACGAGCUCGAAUGGACCAAGAAGUCCAACCGGUUUCUCGAUCAAUCCUGGAUCCGACAGUUCGACUCGCAACUCGAGCGGGCUAUCCGGGAAUAUGAACUGCUGUGA